AUGCCACCAAAGAAAUCCACUGUGAAUUUGAUCACUGUUUUGAAAUUCAAAAGAAGUCGAAUAACAUACACCAUUCCCUUCACUUCAACAACCUCCCUCCAACACUUGAAGCAACAAGUAGCUGACGCGAUAAAUAACUCUGGUGGUGUUCAAUCAGAUGAACCGGAAAGGGAACCGGUUGAUGAAGAAGACGAUGAAGAAAAUAUUCCAGUUCCCAAAUCUGAAUUCAUUGAGAAUGGUGAAGAGGAACAAGCGGAAGUCUUGGUCACGCCUGAACAAUUGAGAAUUGCUGUGCCUCAAGACAUGUCCUCUCCCUAUGAUAACCAAUGGCUCGAACUUGAUGAUUCCAUGCUUCAAAAGAUCAAGUUUAAAGAUUACAACAUCUUAGCAUUUGGUGUGGAUGAUGAGCCAUUCGACAUAGUCGAAGCCGCUUACGAAGAGGACGAAUAA